UCGUACCGGUCUGGCCCUCCAGGGAACUGUUAGCGGCACAGGUAGCAACCAGGGACUUGGAAGAACAAGAAGUUUCAAUGAGAAAAAUUAGAGUGUCACCCGACACAUUUCCGCCACCCAGUGGUCGAGAGUACGUACUCCGUGCCACCCUCCCCCGCCCCUCCCCCCACUCCCUCCCCACUCCCCAGCGAAUGUACUGUGUCCUCACCCCCACCGAGUUCAGACUAGCCGGAGCCUUCUCCUCCGACAUUCUCAUCACAUGACUCUCAUGUGACUUCCAAUUUUCCAUAUUUGUAUAUAUAGCAGUCGUGUUGCAGAUGUGGCAAGGACGAUGGGCACAAGGUAUUAUAUACACACAAUUGUGAUUCCCAAAAUGGCAGGUUAAAAAGUGAAAAGCGGAGCAGUUUGUGUUGCUAAUAAAAACAGCAACUAAAUCAGGCCAGAAUGGGUGGAACCAGAAAGAACUCUUAUAUACUACAAUCCAACAUUUCUCUAUAGUUAUAUAGAGAGUGGGACCGCUAUCAAUGGUGUCAGUUUGCCACCCUGCCUGUCCUCUAAAAGCUAUAAUAAU